AGACUGUUGGCGACAAAUAUAUGGCCGUUUCUGGUUUGCCCGAUCACUGUGAGGAUCAUGCCAAAUGUAUUGCUCGUUUGGCGCUGGAUAUGAUGGAUAUGGCGAAGAAUGUGAAAAUGGGUUCCAAUCCAGUGCAAGUGACAAUUGGCAUACACUCGGGCGAAGUGGUGACCGGCGUUAUCGGUAAUCGCGUGCCACGCUACUGUCUCUUUGGCAAUACGGUGAAUCUGACAAGUCGCACGGAGACCACAGGAGUGCCAGGCUGCAUUAAUGUCAGCGAGGAAACUUAUCGGUGAGUGACACACAGUG